GAGGACGUGGAUAUAUACAACCGACGGUAUUAUCUCGAGCAAGGACCGUUGGAUCCAACUGACUUGUACGACCAACCCAACCAUCGGUCAAGGGAUGUUUGGAACGAUCACCCGGAGGCACAAACAAUAAUCCGCUACAGGGGUACCACCAAUGUGCUCCCAUUCCACCCAGCUAUCUUGCCCUUUCUCAAAAGGGCACGGUUAGACUCGAUUAGGCAUUUUAACGGCAUCCAAAUUGAUCGCCAACUCAUCACCGCAUUAGCCGAGAGAUGGAGAAAGGAGACCAUUGUUUCAACUUUAGAGAAGGAGAGGCCACCAUCACGCUAAAGGAUGUCGCCAUCCUAACCCAUCUGCCCAUCGACGGCAAACCGGUGUGCGUGAGUGAUCAUCCCCCUGAGGAUCGUGACGGUAUGCCCGGUUGGGUUCAUUUCAUCCACAGUCAUUUGGGAGUGAAAGUACCGGUGAAGGGUUGCGUUGAUGCGACCGAUCGCAUGCCACCAAUGAGGAAACACCAAGUCUCAAUUACAUGGUUGACGAAUUAUUUUAGAGACCAUUACGAGAGUCAUCCCCUAACCGAGGAAAGUCCGGAGGAUGAGAAGGAGAGAUAUGCUCGUGUCUAUCUCAUAGGCAUGAUCGGAGGAGUGUUCUUCUCCAAGAAAUCAAGCAAUCUCCUUAGUUGUGGAUGGCUUAGGAUCAUCUUCAGUAGUUGGGAGGAGAUGGUGGAGUAUAGUUGGGCAUCCGCUUGCCUAGCUAUGAUCUACCACAACUUGUCCAACGUC